CGUACCAAAUAAUUAACGAUGUAUGGAAAAAUUCUCGCGCUUUGGAGUUACCUGCUUCCAGCCGUCGCUACAUCUUCGAUGUUUUGGUCAACUUCCAUGAGUGACGAUAGGGAAAAAAAUUAUUCGAUGAUGCGAUAUCAACUUGAUGCAAACACUAUGAGAAAUUAUGACUACGAAGAAGAUUUGAUACGGUAUAAUUUACACGAAAAGUCUACCAUAGAUAGCGACGUUAUGCAAUACAUGUAUCGUAUGAAUUUUAUGAAUAAUAACCGAGAGAAUGACAACUUGAUACAAUAUCGGGAAAUCCAUGGAAACUCGAAAGAAACUUGGAAAGAUGAAAAUGAUUCUAUGCUGUACGAUUUCUUUGAAAAUUUCGAUAGAUACAAUAUCAUUCCGAAUGAAAUAUGUGACAAUAUUACCUGCAUUCGCUUAUGCUGUCCUUUCGGAAAUCGUUUGGUUAAUGGAAAAUGCAUUGCUGAGCAGAAUAACUUUAUUUUCCUGGAAACGAUAAAUGGAUAUAUUAGUGAUUCGUUGCAAAACAAAAAUAAACGAAUAGACAACCUAUUUCUUCUGAUCGUUCAUGAUCCAUGUCAGAAGACUGGGCAUUAUUUGCUUAGUUCCGAACUGAAUUCAUUUCUCGUCAAUGGUUCUUUCUAUUUGCCUUAUUACAAUACAAUUGUCGAAUCAACAUCUUAUUGCCUUGCGGUUGUGGAUCGCAACAUAUUUGCUGUGAACGUUUGUUUUGAUGUUAUGGAAGAUAUUAUGAAUAAGACCAUAAAACAUAAUAAAAAUACAAUUGAUCCAGGAUAUAUAGAAGAAAGCUGGAUAUAUACCAAAGACAAUUCCAAUAGAAAUAAUAAUAAAAACAGUAUUAUUUCAGACAAGAUGUGCAACAAUAUUACUUGCAUACGUCUAUGCUGUCCUUUCGGUAAUCGCUUGAUUAAAAAAUGUCUUGCCGGACAGGGUAACUUUAUUUUCCUACAAAACAUUAAAGGAUACAUUAGUGAUUCGUUUCGAAAUGAAAAUAAAAGCGCAGACAAACUAUUUCUUCUGAUCGUUCAUGAUCCGUGUCAGAAGACUGGACACUUUUUGUAUCCCCAUGAUAACAUGUUUUCCGAUGAUGGCUCUUAUUAUCUACAUGAGUACAACAUAACUAUCGAAUCAACAUCUUAUUGUCUCGCGGUCAUAGAUACUGGCACAGAUAUUCCUCAAUACGAAUUUACUGUGAAUGUUUGCCUUGACAUUGCGAACAAGUUCAUAAAGGAUGUCGAUACCCCAAUAAACCAAGAUAAAAAUGCAGUUGUUCGUACAAGUACAAUUAUAUAUAUGUGCGUUCUAGGAUCUUUAUUAUUUUCGUUGGUGAUAUUUAUAGUAUAUUCCAUAAUACCAGAGCUUCAUAAUAUACACGGCUUCAUAUUGCGUGGAUACAGCGGCUCGAUAGCCGUCGUGAACACAAUCGAAUUGAUAAAGAUAUUCAUCAGAAGGGAUGCUAUAGAGGACUUCAUCUGUAUUACAUAUGCUUUUGUUAAAUACUAUUUCUUUAUGGCCAGUUGGUUCUGGUUAAAUGUAAUGAGUAUCAAUAUGUGGUGUACGUUUAGACAAUUGCGCUCGUUACAAAGUGAUGUGAAACAACAAGAAAGAAAGAAAUUAAUCAUGUAUUCUGCCUACGGAUGGGGAGGUCCCUUUAUAAUCUCUAUCAUUUGUGGCAUCAUGGAUUUUGUUCCUAAUGUACCGGAAAACUUUCGACCGAAAUUUGACAAAGAAUGUUGGUUUGAUAAUUAUAUGACACGUAUGUUGUACGUUCACGGAAUUGUAACUAUUUGUAUUAUCAGUAUUAUUUGGUUAUGCAUCUGUACGACACGAAAAAUCGCAGACUACGAAAAAAAUAUUGCUUAUCAUCGGAGAAUCUCGGAGAAUCGCCAUUAUAAAAACAGCAAGAAAUGGUUCUAUCUGUACCUGAAGGCAACUAAAAUGUUAUUUAUCAUCUUUUGCAUAAAAUCGCCCAUGAAUGUGUUGAGCAUUAAAGAGUCAUGUACCUUUCAUGAUACUCUUUUUAUGCUAGACGUCUUACAACAAUUUUUUAUUUUUAUUAUAUUUGCAUGGAAGAGAAAGAUUAGGCAGUUGUUGCUGAAACGAUUUGGUUAUCACAAUUAAGAUAUAUUUUCAAUAAUUCAACAAGCUAUUGUAUCUUCAAACAGUUACACAUCAGAUACGAUUUUUUUGGAGGAAAAGAUUAAUUUUUAUUAAAAAACAAAUCCUUUCGCAAAUAAAUCGUUCACUUUUUGAUUAAUCUUUAAUGUUAUUAUGUGCGAUAAAAAGAUUUUGUCAUACGUCAAAGGUCGCCAGAUAUUUAACGAUUAACAACAGUACUAUUAUAAUUUUUAAUCAAUGAUUAAUUUUGCAUUAUCGUUACAUUAUGUUGAUAGUUUGACAGAAUGAUGAUCUUGAUCUUCAUUUAUCAAAUAUAUAUUUUUAUAUUUUUUUUGUCUUUUUUGUGACUUAUUUUUUAAUUAUAUAUUUGUAAGCCUUUUUUACCAUUAUCAAAAAUUGUUAAAACAUGUUCUUAAUUCAGAUACUAAUAUUAUUGAAUUAUUUUAUAUUCUAACAUUAUUGUAAGUAAUAUAAUGAGAACAUUGUAUUAAGAUCAUAGCAAUUGCUAAUAACUGAUUUGUUAUUAUUUUUUAAUGUGUGCAUGGAGAAUGCUUUUGUUAAUACAUAAUCGAAUUCUUUUAAAUUAAAUCUUUUUAUUCUCAAAUUACUAAUAUUUAAGUGUAAAUUUUUCUUUUUGAAAUAGGCCAAUCCAAGAUGGCCCGAAAUGAAACCAAAACGUCUAUUAAAAUUUUAUUAUUUAAUUAUUUUUAACUUUUUUUUAUUAUCUUUGUUCAUGAUCUUGCGCACAGUUCUUAUUAGACCGUUACUUAUUUAUUCUUUAUCUAUUGGUAAUACUUAGACUCUUUGAACAUUAUUAUUAUUAUAUGUAAAUAUUUCUUAAAUUUAUAACAGUUUGUCAUUGUUAUUUUUACAGUAUUUCUAUUAUUCACUCUAAGUCUAUUACGGAACU